UAGUUUUAAAUGACUUUAUUGUUUUUCGAAGUAUCCUCCACGAAGCAAUUAUUCCACUCUUUUGCUGGCAGAUCGAAAACGGCAUUUUUGAAUGAGUCAACUGCUUCUUCUGGUGACUGGAACCUUUGACCACGCAGUCUGUUUUUAAUUUUCGGGAAAGUAAAGAAAUCGUUAGGACUUAGAUCGGGACUAUAUGGAGGAUGGUCCAAUAAAUUCACGUUUU